AUGGCUUCGACAAGUACCUCAUCUUUGUCAAGUGGCUAUGGGACAUUGUCAAAGAAUAGUACUGUCAAGAAUAUGUCGAAACAACAAAAUUCUGUGUUUGGCAGUUCAACAAUGUGUAAUGAAAUGGCAAUUGUCAUAAUACGUGUAUACCUGCAGGCAUUGAAAAGUGCAGCAUAG